AUGAAACCUCUCCUCCCCCUCAUCCUCUGCACCUUCGCAUCAGCAUGGACAUUCACCUGGCGCAACGAAGCCAAUGACACCUUCACACACAGCAGCCAUGAUGUCCAACCCUGUACACGGAUUGACCACGCCAAAGGCAGAGAAUUCGACUUCGAGCCGGACAAAGACGCAUACUGGUUCUACCUCUGGACUUCAGAUAACUGCACCGGCCCGCCCGCCGGGAAAAACUCGCCCACGGUAUGGCGAAAAAUAGCUAGUAAAGAUCUCCGAUCGUAUAUGGUUGAAUACGGCGAUAGUACCGGUCCGCUGCCGAAAUCUACUACAACUACAACUACAUCAAUGCCUACGGCUACACCUUCAUCUAUGCCUACGGCUACACCUUCAUCUAUGCCUACGGCUACACCUUCAUCCUCCGCACCAGAAAAGAAGGAUAAUGGAUUAAUCGCCAGCGGCGCCAUCGCUGGAAUCGUCGUCGCGGUUGUCGUAGCGCUGGGUAUUCUCGCUGCGGGAUUAUUUUAUCUCGGACGACGGGUUCGAAAGAGACAGUCUACACCGAAUACUUCCCCUUCCCAUCCACAGCAGAAGGAUGCAUCUCCCUCUCUACCACCAAGUUCGUCGUAUGGGGCUGAAAUGGGAGGAAGCGGAUGGGCGCCACAGUCGCAGGUUCCAAUACAGUCGCAACCGAUGUUGUAUCAUGGUGAAUCGCCGAUCCAGAAGGCCUGGGCGGAACUUCCUGGGGACAGCAUGGUGUCGGAGUUGAGUGAUAGUCGUCGACUGCAGGAAUUGGAGGGACCUGAUCAUCCGAAGUUAAUGGAUAAGUGA